AUGGAUAAAAAUAAAAUUUUAGACAAUCAAUUACAUGAUGAAUUAAUUGCUUGUACUAAGUUAUUAAAUUUACAAAAUUAUGGUAGUAUUUCGUUGGAUUUUUUUUCAAUUGGUGAAGAAGAUGACAUUGAUUUUAAUAACAAUUGUGAUAAAAAUCCCGAUCCUAAUGAUAAAAAUAACACCAAAUCAUCUGAUCUGCUUGAAUAUAUAGAAGAACCUAUAUUUUCUAAAAAUUGUCAAUUCACAAGCACUGCUAAUGAUGAUAAAUUAUAUCCUAUUCCAACACCAAAAUCUUUAUCUGAUGAAAUUAAGAAGAGUGAAGCAAAAGAUAUUCAGUUACUUAUUAACGAGCAAACAACUGAUUGCUACUUUGAUGAUAUCACCACUGCUAUUCUUUCAUCAACGACAAAAAUAAAUGAUAAUUAUAAUCAAGAUUUUUAUUUGGAAGAACCAAUUUUGCAAGAUAAUAUGAAUAACAAAGAAAUUUUUAACAAUAACAACAGUAAUAAUGAUUUUACUAAAUUAGUGUUGCCAACCAUACUUGAAGAAUUUAAUGAUGUGACAAUGACUACUGAAAAAGAUCAAUUGGUCCCAGAAGAAACUGGUGUCAAAGCUCCAAUCGAAAUAAUUAAUCAAUGGGAAGGAGUAAAAGAUUAUAUUGUUAAAAACAACAAUGAUAUUGUUGAUGUCGUUGAUGGAUAUUCAAAAGAAGGAGGACAAUCCUAUCUUUUCAAAUUGGAACCUGUCUUGAUUCCUGUGAAAGAUGAUCCUUUAGAAAUGACGGAUCGUAAAAAAAGCAGCAGUAAAACAAUAAUAGAUUUUAGUAAUAUCGAGCAACAAGAUACCAUAGAUUUAAUUCAAUCUGGUUCGGUGAUAAACACCAUAAAAACAAUUGUUGACGAGUCGACAAAGACAAUGUUACUUGCAAUGAGCGAACAAUCGGAAUAUCAACGAAUUGAUUCUAAUAUCAAUGAAAAGGAUGAUGGUGAUAAAGAACUUGAAAAAGAUUUUGAAACAAUCUUUGAAGUCAUAUCAACAACCAAAAAUUAUAAUUACAAUAACAUUAAUAAUGUUAAUCAUUGGCAAAAUAUUAUGGAACAAUCAAUGGAUGAAAUUUGUGGACUGAAAUUCAAAGGUAAUUGA